CCAUCCCUCGAGUUGUGUGAGAAAGUGUGAGAAUCGAUCUGGAGGUCUUGCGCAAGAAAAUCACAAAUUUUUCACUCGCUUAAAAUUUCGGGUUUUUGCUUAUUAUUUGCUGAAUUAAAUACAGAAAAACAAAUCAAAAGCAAGGAAAAUGUCCACCUACGUUGCGUUGCGGGCAGUUAUGAACCCAGUGGCUCGCAAAACUUUGACCCAGUUUAUUUUCAAUUCCGGCGCAAGUUUGAACGUAGCUCGCGCUUGUCCGACUAUCUGCCAGAAACGAUUCUACGCCGAGAAGGUUGUCUUCAAACGUGACAAACCGCACUGCAACGUCGGAACGAUUGGACAUGUCGAUCACGGUAAGACCACCCUGACGGCGGCCAUCACCAAAGUUCUCGCCGACAAGGAUCUGGCUGAGAGCAAAAAGUAUGCCGACAUCGAUAACGCCCCGGAAGAGAAAGCCAGAGGAAUUACAAUCAACGUCGCUCAUAUUGAGUACCAGACGGAGAAUAGGCAUUAUGGCCACACUGAUUGCCCCGGACAUGCCGAUUAUAUCAAGAACAUGAUCACCGGAACGGCCCAGAUGGACGGUGCCAUCCUGGUGGUGGCCGCAACUGACGGCGCUAUGCCUCAAACUAGAGAGCAUCUGCUGCUGGCCAAGCAGAUUGGCGUCAACCACAUCGUGGUGUUCAUCAACAAGGUCGAUGCGGCCGAUCAGGAGAUGGUGGACUUGGUGGAAAUGGAAAUCCGCGAACUGAUGUCCGAAAUGGGAUUUGAUGGGGACAAUGUUCCCGUUAUCAAGGGAUCGGCCUUAUGUGCGCUGGAGGACAAGAAUCCCGAAAUCGGAGCGAAUGCUGUGAUGCAGUUGCUAGAAGAGGUCGACAAGUACGUUCCGACGCCAACUCGGGAUUUGGACAAACCAUUUUUGCUGCCGGUGGAGUCCGUACACAGCAUUCCUGGACGAGGCACUGUUGUCACUGGACGUAUGGAACGCGGCACUGUCAAGAAGGGCAUGGAAUGCGAGUUUGUGGGAUACAACAAGGUAAUUAAAUCAACCAUUACCGGUAUCGAGAUGUUCCACAAGAUUUUGGAGGAAGCUCAAGCGGGAGAUCAGCUUGGUGCUCUGGUGCGCGGAAUCAAACGUGAUGACAUCAAGCGCGGAAUGGUGAUGUGUAAACCGGGUUCAGUCAAGGCCAAUGACAACUUUGAAGCGCAGGUCUAUAUUCUAAGCAAGGAGGAAGGCGGUCGCCACAAGCCCUUCACCAGUUUCAUCCAGCUGCAGAUGUUCUCGCGCACGUGGGAUUGUGCAACCCAGGUGCAGAUUCCCGGCAAGGAGAUGGUCAUGCCCGGUGAGGAUGCCAAGCUGCAUUUGCGCCUGAUGAGGCCCAUGGUGAUUGAACAGGGUCAACGUUUCACCCUGCGUGAUGGACACAUUACGCUGGGAACCGGUGUCGUCACGAAUGUUCUGUCACCACUGUCCGAAAAGGAACGGAUGUCGUUAGUUGAGGGCAAGAAGGCGCGAGAGAAGGCAACUGGAAAGGCUUAAAGUGAACGUGCGAUCAUUUUGUCUUCUUGCUUUUAAGUACACAUUGUCAUAGUGUUUAUCAGUUAAGUCGGGAAUGCAGUUAGCUGGGUAGUUCCGAAUGAAGCCGUAUUGCUAAUAAUAUAUUACUACUAAACCAAAA